GUGACGCGUAGGUGCUGGCGGCCCGGGAGCGGCGGGGAGGGCGGCGCAGAGGCCCGGAGGAUGCUGAGCCCCUUUGCGGCCGGGCCCCGAGCACAGGAUGGCGAUCCGGGAGCUCAAAGUGUGCCUUCUCGGGGACACUGGCGUUGGGAAAUCGAGUAUUGUGUGUCGGUUUGUCCAGGAUCACUUUGACCACAAUAUCAGCCCGACCAUUGGGGCAUCUUUCAUGACCAAAACUGUGCCUUGUGGAAAUGAACUCCAUAAGUUCCUCAUCUGGGACACUGCCGGGCAGGAACGGUUUCACUCACUGGCUCCGAUGUACUAUCGAGGAUCUGCUGCCGCCGUCAUAGUGUAUGAUAUCACCAAGCAGGAUUCAUUUCAUACCUUGAAGAAAUGGGUGAAAGAACUGAAAGAACAUGGCCCAGAAAACAUUGUAAUGGCCAUUGCCGGGAACAAAUGUGAUCUCUCAGACAUUCGGGAGGUUCCCCUGAAGGAUGCUAAGGAAUAUGCCGAAUCCAUAGGUGCUGUCGUGGUCGAAACAAGUGCAAAAAAUGCCAUUAAUAUCGAAGAACUCUUUCAAGGAAUCAGUCGCCAGAUCCCACCCUUGGACCCCCAUGAAAAUGGAAACAAUGGUGCCAUCAAACUGGGAAAGCCAACCUCGCCCACCAGCCGCCGUCGCUGCUGUUGACCUGAAGCCAGACCUGCUUCCCGUGUCCUCUGUUGGGGGCCUGGCUCCUCACCCAGAGAGACGCAAGCCUGCGGCCGUUGCAAUCUGGAAGACUUCCAGGGAAUGGGGCAGGAAAUGCCCCCAUUAAAAAAAAAAAAAAAAGGAAUUUUAGGAAACUAUGGAAAAUUCCAGCAUACUGCCACGAAGUGACCUUUAGCAUUUUCAAUGCACUUGCAAGGGUACUGAAAUGAGCUAAACAGUAAAGUUGAGGUCCUUUGUUAAAAAUCUUUAAAUAUUCUUAAAUUUGUACAAAAGGUUUUCCUGGGUUUUGUAUGAUACUAACAUAGUGUUCCAUUCUGAUUUCCGGUGUUCCUUAGCCAAAUGUCAGUCACUUUUCCAGUGUCACUGCCUUUGAUACCGAACCAAAAGGGUGAUUUAAUCCAGUUUUCCUUUUAGCAGGAAGUAACUGGACCAUCACUGGAGCUGUAGACCAGUACUUGCGCUGUUGGCGUACUAGAAGCUGUUGUUCACAGCUCCAACUCUUGAAGUUCUUUCUCUAGAUUGUCGUCACACACAAACAGAUCCAAUCUGACUCAAUUCCUCUGUGUAAUUGGGAGGCCUCUUAGGUGAGUAGUGAGAGAUGGAGGAUAUAAGUAUGAUUCCAGAGUCUCCUGUCAUGCACCCCUCCCCAGUGAUUAACUUCUCCUCUCAGAGAAGUUACUUGCACAGAGUAUUGUAUUCCUAAGUCAGAGUGUCACACGCAAGCAGAACUGGAGGAGGUUUGCACCUAAUUCGUGGAGCUGAUUUCUUACGAUAGUGAUUAGUCUUAGGUCCCAGUUAAACCAACCAGAAGAAGUACCAGCACCUUAACAUUUUAGACUCUCAAAAGUGCAAAAUGAAAAAAUAAUUUUUUUAGAAGAUAUCAAGUUUGGGAAAGUAGAUAUUAGGACUAGUACAAGGUCUACUUCUAGAAUGUUGGACUGAAAAUAGUCUAACAAAAUCUUCCAAUUCCCUGUCCCCUUACUUAAAUAUUUUGAAUCCAAAGGAGAGAAAGGUGUUUCCACUCAGAAUUCAAAUAUUUAAUAAUGCCAACAUUUAUAAAAGGCCAGAGUAAAGAAAUAGUAGAUUUCCUUCCUGUUAGGCCUUAUCACAGGAGAGGGUUCCUAAUGUAUACUUGGAUCCCUUGUAGAGAGGAGGAAACUGCAGCCGAAUGGCCUCCAAAAAGAUGGCUCCUAGGGCAUAAUGGCAGGGCCCACAGGACCCUCCUUGGCAGAAGUAUUCCACAGCCAGCAGGCACUGACUAGAAUCACAAUACAAAUGCCAGGAAAGGGGGUGAGAGCUGAUUAAAGGCCUGGCACUUUCCUAACUCGGCUGGUGCUUCAGAGUCCUGUCAGGUACGCCUGUCUGGCAGAUGAGGACCCCAAGUCCACCAUCCACCAAGGCCCAGGGUCCUUGGCAAGACUGGGACCAAUUCCACACUCCUGCAUGUUGACUGCUGUCAAGGAAACAGCCAGGCAGAAGUCAUAGACUUAGGCUUUUUUCACUCAAGUCCAAAUGCUCCAUCUGGUACUCAUCUAAGUUCAACCAACCUCCACCAACCUCCAAAGUCUGAUAAUAAUCUUAGAAUGUGAAGGCCAGAAACACAUAGUUUUAGUUCUCUUUGCUCUCCCAGAUAGGUACCUCAAAAACUAUUAGCUGCAGGUAUUUGGGUAAACUUGGAAGGGUCUUUGCCAGGAUUUUUAGUAUUUUCUCUACUUAGUCAACCUGACUGGCUAACAUAAUUCCGCUUGCAGGUCAAGCGAUUCUUACAUCUCUCUCCCUGUAGUUUAAAGAAUAAGGACUGAAAAUGAAAAUGACAUCUUUCCAAGUGACAGCCCAGGGCUUGUUUUUUGCAACCUUUGUCUAUUUUUGAGAACCUGAGUCUUUCUCGACAAAGCGCUUCUGGCUGAGGUGGUCUGUGUCCCAACAGCUUUGGAGCUCCGGCCUGGCUCCUUCCUGCGUGGCUGUGACCUGCCUGGCGGACCUUAGACUCCAUUCAUGAGCUACCCUUGAAUAAACUCAUGGUCUUAUUUCAGAAGCACACGCGGGUGCGAACCACUCUCUCUGUACUUCUUAACUACUCAAGCCAGUCACAAGACUGUGAACACUACUCGGAGCCACUGGGAAAGGGACACUAGCUGGCAUGUGGGCACACAAGUAUCCAUGGAACAUGAAGUCUUUGCUGAAGACAUGCUGGCGCCUGGUCCAGAUGAAGCUGCUGCGUCUUCUCUUUUUGAAAAUCUUUCUUCACGUUGCCUUGAACUGACAUUCUGGCUAUUCUAAGAAUUGAACCAUAACUACCAUAACCACCAGAUGUUACAGAAAGACUCAAAGGGACUGUUGCUUCAAAAUGUCAAGCAGUUUCUUGUGGAGUGGCACUCCUUGCAUCGCUAUCCAAGACUUGCUCCUUUUCCCUGUUUCCUGGCCUUCCCUGUGCAGUCCACAAGUGUAUGUGUGUUAAAGAUUUCCUAUUUGCUAGGAAGACAUACCAUUGAUUCCACUCAGAGACUGCCACAUGACUGCAGUGUGUUACUUUGGCAGGGGUUCCCAUGGGGAUUAUUUCCCAGCAGGCAGUGGAAUUAUGCAAAUGAUAUUUAAGGGUACAUCAUUGACCUGCCAUUUUAUAGCUGAAAAUGGUACACGAGGGCGCUGGGAUGCAGACUACGAAGGUUGAAGACCUAAACAAACCCCUAGACACCACGAGGGCCGUGCCCCACCCCCCCCCAGAGAAUUGAAUUAUGUUUCUAAGACAGAUUUGGCUGACUGAAAUAUUUUCUGACUGAAAUAUUGUCUCUCAGAUCAUAGAGUGGCUUUGGGAAGCUCCACACCUCGCUGCACUGGAAUGCGUUUAGCAAAACUGGUAGAGUCGGCUUAGCAACGGAACGGCCCUCUGGUGCUCUAGUUCUGGGCUUUAGCCGUCGUUGUGGAGACCAAUGUUGAUCCUAUGUCAGUGCUCUGUUGUGGAGACUGUUUCCAUUUCCUGUGUUUUUCUAAAGGGCUUUUGUCUGGGCUGGACCCAGGUUUUGUAUAUAGAAGACCCUGCCGCACGUAGGACCUCUCCCUUCUAGAUUCUGUACUCAAGCAUUGCCCUCAACAAUGCCCAAUGGUAUCUGUUAUUUUGGGUUUAAUACACUGAUUCAUACUAAUAAAUAUUUUUAAGUUUUA